AUGUCGGGCCGCGGAGGGGUGCGCUCCAGCGCGCGGCUGAGCGGCGAGUCCUCGGCGUCCGCGGCCGGGGCUGCCGGCGCCGCGCCGCGCGUGGCUCUGGGCCGCGGACGACCCAUGUCCGGCUCCAGCGCAGCCGCGCAGCGCCGGGCCCGCGCCGCUGAACGCGCCCGAGAAGUGGAGGACAGCCCUCGCGUGUUGCGGGAGAAGUGCCGGCGGCUCGCUCGAGCGCUGCGGAACGCUAAACAUCUGGUGGUGUAUACAGGAGCUGGUAUCAGUACAGCUGCGGACAUUCCUGACUACCGCGGGCCAGACGGCGUGUGGACCCGACUGCAGCGUGGCGAGACGGUCGGGCGCGUCGAGGUCUCGCGGGCGCAGCCGACGUUCACGCACAUGGCCCUGACGGCGCUGUGGGCGCGCGGCGCGCUCAAGUUCGUCGUGUCGCAGAACUGCGACGGGCUGCACCUGCGCUCCGGCCUGCCGCGCCGCGCGCUGGCCGAGCUGCACGGGGACAUGUUCGCCGAGCUGUGCGCGCCCUGCCGCCGCGUGUACCUGCGCGCCUUCGACACCACCGAGCGCACCGCGCGCCACCAGCACGGCACGCGCCGCCUGUGCCACGCCUGCGGCGCCGAGCUGCGCGACUCCAUCGUGCACUUCGGCGAGCGCGGCCGCGCCGCCUGGCCGCUCAACUGGGCCGGCGCGCUGCGACACGCCGCGCGCGCCGACGUCGUGCUGUGCCUCGGCUCCAGCCUCAAGGUGCUGCGUCGCUACCCGCGCCUGUGGCGCAUGGAGAGCGCGCCGCGCGCCCGGCCCGCGCUCUACAUCGUCAACCUGCAGUGGACGCCCAAGGACUCGGUCGCGGCGCUCAAGAUCAACGCUCGCUGCGACGCCGUCAUGCGGCAGGUGGCGCGGCGCCUGCGCCUGCGAGUGCCGCGCUACCGCGCCGCGCGCGACCCCGUGCUGGCGCACGCCGAGCCGCUCGCCGCGCCCGAGGCCCACACCGCGCACCGCCCGCCGCUCGCGCCCGUCGCGCCCGACGACAGCGCGUCUGACGAGUGGGAGCCCUCGUCGCCCUCCGCCUCCGACUCGGACGAGGAGCUACCUCUGCGUCGCCUCGCCGACCGACUUCGCGCGCCCGAGGCGGCGCAGGAUCGUCGCGUUCCUCCCGUGUCAUCGUCCGCGGCCGACGCGCUCUGCGCCUUCCAGGUGAGUCUGCAGUCGUGCGACGCGACGAUCCUUCUGCGCGCCGAGCACGCUCCCCCGGCGCCGCCGCCCUCGCUCACGGCCGACCUGCGGAGGUUCAGAAUGGUGCGCUGCGGGCCGGAGCGCCCGCCGCGUCCGCCGGUUCUCAACGGCCACGGGGUCGGACCUGACGACGGGCGACCUCUCCGCUCGCCCGCGACCCUCGCCGAACCGAAACCGAGCUUCGUCAACGGUUCCUCGGGGCUCGACUCGAGACUUCGGCGCUUGCUCCGGUACGAGCCCCGAAUACGGGCCGGCGACGAAGACGCGAAGGUCGCGCCCGAGGAUCGACGACCGGAGUCGGCGACGGCGUCGGGGCUCGAGGCGAAGACCGAGCCGCCGGACGAGAAGGCGGACGCGUCUCUCGCGGGAGCGGAUAUCGCGACGCGACCGACGACCGAACCGAAGGCGGAGGCGAAAACGGAGGCGAAGCUCGAGCCGAAGGACGAGGCGAACUCGUCCGAGUCGGAGGCGGGGGCGCUGGCCGCGGGCUCGCUAGCGGCCGCCAUCAUCCGGCGAGCCGUGCUGCUGUGCCGCGCGUCGCUGUACCCCGGCCUGCACACGAUCAUCGCGCCCGCCGCGCCCCCCGCGCCCGCCCCGCGCGAGCGCGCCGAGUGCGCGUGGUGCGCGCGGCACUUCUCGGCGCGGCGCUGCCUGUGGUACGGCGCGCCGCGCGAGCCGGCGCUGGGCGCGCGCGCGUGGCGCCGCGUGCGCGGGCGGCGCUACCUGUGCGCGUGCUGCGGCGCGCCGGGCCAGUCGCCGCCGCGCCCGCUCGCGCCGGACGAGGGCGGCUGGUACGGCAAGGGCUACCGCAAGGGCCGGCGCCGGCGUCGGUAG